AUGCAAUACACUAUCAAGCUUCCUCUCAGUAAUUUCGGAGGCUUUACUAACAGUAGUCUUUCGGCUGCCCACGAGUUUUUGGAAAUCCAAAUGGAAGACCAAGAGCUCAAGGAAUUCUUCACCCAUUAUUCCGAAUCAACCUCUAGUCCUCAUGCUAGAACCCUUUUCCAGUCCAAAGUCGACGCCAAGUUGUGUGAACUUCUUGCUAAACGUCGUUCUUCGGCUGCUCCCGUCCCCGCUACUGAUUCUGAGGCAGUCUCUAGCGAUGAAUUUAAUGUCUCAGGGUUGGGCUCUCAGCCUGACUCUUCUUGUACUUCUGGCGCUUCAGACGCUGAUGCUUCAGGCGACGACAAGGUUGUCCCUGAGCCAGUUGAAACGUCUAAGAAGCCUUCUAAGGCCUCAAAGAGAAAACGCCAGAAACGCAAAUCGUUCAAGAAGUCUAAGGCUUCCGGUUCUGCUUCUCCUGUCAAGGAUGGAGCUCAGAAAUCCAAGAGAAUGGCUGCUCUUGGUCGUAAAGUUGUGCCUCGUGGUACUAAAGCUCCUCAAGUUGAAGAUGUAGAGGAGGUAGAUUUCGAAAUUGGUCUUAAUGAAUCCAGGGAAUCUAGAAAGACUGAGCUGGCAGCUGUUAUGAAGCAGCUAGUCUCUAAGGUUCCGUUUGGUCCUGAAGAGGCCAAGGAGGUGGUUCUUCCACCAAUUGAAGCUUUGGAUACUUUGAAGGCAAAGCUCUGGUUCAAGCUUUUUUCGAACCAGCCGGUCGACAGACCAUUUAAGGUUAAGGCUCGUACUAUCAGAUCAUGGUUCAAUCCAUCGGUCUUUGAGCCUUUUAUGAAACCUGCUUCUGUUCAGAAGGCUAUUGAGGGCCCAAAGAACACUAAGCAAAUCUUUACCGUGCAUGGUCCUUCAGAGAAGAUUCUGAAGAAGAUUGAAGGAUCUUCCAAGGUGGACCAAGUAUUGGCUUUCCAUAAGGCCCAGUACUUCUACUCCAAGAGAAUUCUCAGCUUUGAGAACCUCUUCAGCCAGUACAAGGUUAACUGGCCUAAGGCUACCAAGAGUCUUGACUUGAAGGCUUUGCCUGUUCCUCAUACCAACAAUAAUUUGCAAGUUGGUCAGUUGUCUCAGUAUCAUGAGUUCAUGAGACUCUUGAAACUCUCUGAGCUCUCUAACCCAUUCCGGGAAUGCUUGCCUUUACCAGGGGACAAAGACGAGUUGCCAUUGAAGUCCUCUCUUCCUCCCCCAUCAGCCCCUAAGAUUGUUGAGGUUAAGGAUGACAAUGGUCCAUCCAAGAGGGCUCUUAAGCAGAGAGCUAAGAGACAAUCCAAGAAGGAGAAGAAGAAGAAGGCAAAGGCUACAAAGAAAGCUCCACGCCAGUUUAAGAGUACUACUAACUCGACGGCUAGAAGAGAAAGACGCCAGAAUGCUCAGAGAAACACGGAGUUUGACAUUACUCCACCUCCUCGUCCUCAAAAGAUUGAAUUGACUCCUGUGAGUCCAGUGGUCGAGGAGGCUUUGACUCUUCCAGUUCCUGUUAUUGAGGAGCCAGUCAACCAUUUACAAGUGGGCCAGGUAUCACAGUACCACUACUUCAUGAAGCUCCUUAAGCUUUCAGAGGAGUACCAUGCCUACAAGUAUGCUUCCCAGAUUGCCAAGGUUCUCAGAGCUACCAAGCUUCCGCUGUUCAUUAUCUCUACCGUCAAGGAUGAAGAGAAACAGGUUGAAGAGGUGACAGAGACUCAGCCAGAGGAGCAGGUGAUCUACCCCAUUCAGAGCACUUUGAAGCUUAUUGAAUGGGUUAAGGAGGAGAAAGAAGAAUGUAUUAAAGGUGAGGAGCAGAAGUCUGAGCCAAAGAAGGUUAAGAAGACGCCGGUUUCUAAACCAAAAACCUCAAAGGCCAAGCAGAAGAGAAAGAGAAACCAGAAGGCCAAGAGAAGCAAAUGGUGA